AUGCUGAAGAAAGACCUAAAACUCAGCGCAGUGGAUAUAUCCAAUAAUAACAUUUGUGGACUGACCGGAACCUUGUUAGGAAGAUUUGUCUUGGGACCUCUCAACGACAAAUACGGCCCACGGCUUACUUUGGUGGGCGUUCUGAUUGCAGGAGCAGUUCCAACAGCGUUUGUUCCUUUAGUCACAAAUGUCGCGGGUCUGCAUGCCAUCCGUUUCUUUAUUAGCUUCCUUGGCUCCUCGUUUAUUUGCUGCUCCCAAUUCUGCGCAGUAUUCUUCGAUAACAAUAUUAUAGGAACAGCAAACGCUGUGUCCGCUGGCUGGGGAAAUUCUGGAGGGGGUGUAGCAUUUUUUGUCAUGCCUGCCAUUUCAAAUGCAUUGAAGAAGAGAGGUUACUCUUUACACCACUCGUGGAGCUACUCUUUUGUGAUCGGGCCCUUCUUGAUUCUUAUGGUGACGGCGGUUUUGAUUCUUGUCUUUGGCAGUGAUUGUCCGAGAGGCAAGUGGUCUCUUCGUGGAGACAUCCUUGGAAUCAACAUGGAUAACUCUCUCGUGCAGACUGUCUCUGUCAAAAGAAAAUUUUCCAAGGAGGGAGAGGUCACUUCUGUUUGUGUUGAGCCUGUUAAUGCAAUCGACAAGGUUGUGGUCGAGCCUAACCAGGACCAGAAAAUUUUUGAAGUGGCAGACAUCAUAAAUGAGGACGAAAUCAUUGAAGACCCAACUAUCAAAGACGUCGUCAAGAUCUGCUUUUCCCCACGCACGAUGCUGGUUGGACUUUGCUACAUGUGCUCAUUCGGAACCGAGCUUGCAGUGGAGUCUAUAAUUUCAAACCUGUUUGAACAAAAGAUGCCAAAGUGGAGCACCUCUAAAGCUGGAGCAUGGGGCUCGAUGCUUGGGCUCCUAAAUGUGGUGACAAGACCUGCAGGAGGCAUAAUCUCUGACUUCUUGUAUCAGAGAUUUAAGACUACAAAGGCAAAAAAGUUCUGGAUGAUAUUCACUGGCUUGAUGCAGGGAAUUUUUCUGAUCUGGAUUGGACUGGUUCCAAAACUAUCCAUUGCGGGACUUAUAGUCUCCGUUUCGUUCUUGUCCCUCUGGUUUGAGAUGGGCAACGGUGCAAAUUAUGCCUGUGUUCCGGUCGUGAAUAGACACCAUAGUGGUAUUGUGAGCGGAGUCACUGGAGCAAUGGGUAAUCUUGGAGGCAUUCUGUUUAGUUUGGUCUUCAGGUACACUAUAGCUAACGGGGUAAACAACUACUUCAAAGCUUUCUGGAUUAUAGGAAUCGUUUGCACUGUGGUGAACCUAGUUUGCGUGCUUAUUCCGAUUAGAGAGGAGAGGCCCAGGAAAGCGGAAAUUUGA